ACUGAAAGGCCCAGUACCAUCACGACCUCACCCCGCUCAUACCCCCCCCCCCCUUCCCUCUCUCUCUCUGAUCUCACCCUCCUCUCCUUCCUCACGCGGGAAUUGUGGACUCUCACUGUAAUUGCAAUUUGUCGUUUAAAAGAGAAACCUUCAAACCUCUCGCUCUUAUCUUAGAUCACCAUGCCUCCAGUUGGCCCUCGAUCUGGUGAUGCAAUCUUCGCCAACGUGGAACGUGUGAAUGCGGAGUUGUUUACAUUGACGUACGGUGCGAUUGUGCGCCAGCUGCUUACGGAUCUUGAGGAAGUUGAAGAGGUUAACAAGCAGCUUGAUCAAAUGGGCUAUAAUAUUGGCAUUCGAUUAAUUGAUGAGUUUCUAGCAAAGUCUAAUGUAUCUAGAUGUGUUGACUUCAAAGAGACAGCUGAAGUAAUUGCAAAGGUUGGUUUCAAAAUGUUCUUGGGGGUCACUGCAUCUGUUACAAAUUGGGAUGCUGAUGGAACAUGUUGCAGUAUUGUUCUGGAGGACAAUCCUCUGGUAGACUUUGUUGAGCUUCCAGAUACGUGCCAAGGUCUUUACUAUUGCAAUAUCUUAAGUGGAGUUGUAAGAGGCGCCUUAGAAAUGGUAUCAAUGAAGACUGAAAUUAGUUGGAUCCGUGAUAUGCUUCGAGGUGAUGAUGCAUUCGAGUUGCAAGUUAAACUCCUGAAGCAAAUUCCAGAAGAGUACCCGUACAAAGAUGAUGAGUAAAAUGCUUGCACUAGCCUGAUACAUAAACAGUUUUAUUUCUGCUUCCACCUUUUCCUUGAAGUCAAAUGUUAGCAGCAGCUUGUUAUGUCUUUAGCACGCGUUCGCGGACACAAUGGAUAACGGUGUUUUUAUUUACUCGCCGUUUAGUUUUUGCCAUUCCGAUGAAUCAUUUUAACGGCUUAAAUGUGCAAUUUGCAUGUUCUGCGACUCUCAUCUUAUUUUUCAUGGAACGG